GCGGCAACCGCGGCGGGCGCGCGAGUCCGGCGCCUCCUCCCGGCGGUACCGCCAAAGCAAGCAGCCGCCGCCCGGCCUUGCUGCUCUCCCCGCCUCCCGGCCCGCGGGGAGGGAACGGCCCGCCCUCCGCCCGCCCGCCGGAGAGUGAGCGGCGCCCGGGCCGCCCCGCCAGCCCGCCGUUCCCCGGCCGCCGUCCGGGCGCGCGCAGUGAGCGGGCGCGACUAUGCCAAGAUGGUCCUGCAGGCGCGGAACAAGCAUCGGGAGGCGGCCCCCAAGCCGCCCCAGCCGCCCCGCGCCUCUCAGUCGCCGCUGAGGGGGGCGCCGGACGCCGGCGCCGGGGAGCCCGGGCCCGAGCGCGCGCCCCGGUCCCCCGGGCGCAAGGGCGCCGCGGGCAGGAAGGGGCCCCGCGCCGAGCCCGCCGCGCCUUCCGCCGGGGGCGGGCUCGGGGGGCGCCUGGUGGCCGGGCUGCGCGGGGCGCUGGGCCUGCGGCGCGCGGGGCGCGGCCGGACCUGGACCACGCUCCUGCUAGCUACCUUUGCAGCAGUGUUGCACUGGAGCCAUAUAACACACCUCUUUGAAAAUGAUCGUCACUUUUCUCACCUCUCAACAUUGGAAAGGGAGAUGGCUUUUCGCACUGAAAUGGGACUGUAUUAUUCCUACUUUAAGACUAUUGUGGAAGCACCCUCAUUUUUGAAUGGAGUAUGGAUGAUUAUGAAUGAUAAGCUGACUGAAUACCCCCUUGUUAUUAAUACAUUAAAAAGGUUCAAUCUUUACCCUGAGGUAAUCUUAGCCAGCUGGUACCGGAUUUAUACCAAAAUAAUGGACUUGAUUGGUCUUCAAACCAAGAUAUGUUGGACGGUGACCAGAGGAGAAGGACUCAGUCCUAUUGAAAGCUGUGAAGGAUUGGGAGAUCCUGCUUGCUUUUAUGUUGCUGUAAUUUUUAUUUUAAAUGGACUAAUGAUGGCAUUAUUCUUCAUAUAUGGCACAUAUUUAAGCGGCAGCCGAUUAGGAGGACUGGUUACAGUGCUGUGCUUCUUUUUCAAUCAUGGAGAGUGCACUCGUGUGAUGUGGACACCACCCCUCCGCGAAAGCUUCUCCUAUCCAUUCCUCGUACUUCAGAUGUUGCUUGUGACUCAUAUUCUCAGGGCUACAAAACUUUAUAGAGGAAGCUUGAUUGCACUCUGCAUUUCCAACGUAUUUUUCAUGCUUCCGUGGCAGUUUGCUCAGUUUGUACUUCUUACUCAGAUUGCAUCAUUAUUUGCAGUAUAUGUUGUGGGAUACAUUGAUAUAUGCAAAUUACGGAAGAUCAUUUAUAUACACAUGAUUUCUCUUGCACUUUGUUUUGUUUUGAUGUUUGGAAACUCAAUGUUAUUAACUUCUUAUUAUGCUUCCUCUUUGGUAAUUAUUUGGGGUAUACUGGAAAUGAAACCACAUUUCCUGAAAAUAAAUGUAUCCGAACUUAGUUUAUGGGUUAUCCAAGGAUGUUUUUGGUUAUUUGGAACUGUCGUACUCAAGUAUUUGACAUCUAAAAUCUUCGGCAUUGCAGAUGAUGCUCAUAUUGGCAACUUAUUAACAUCAAAAUUCUUCAGUUACAAGGAUUUUGAUACUUUAUUGUAUACCUGCGCAGCGGAGUUUGACUUUAUGGAAAAGGAGACUCCACUGAGGUAUACAAAGACAUUGUUGCUUCCAGUCGUUCUGGUUGUGUUUAUUGCAAUCGUUAAAAAGAUUAUUAGUGACAUGUGGGGUGUCAUAACUAAACAACAGGCACAUAUAAGAAAACACCAGUUUGAUCAUGGAGAGCUAGUUUAUCAUGCAUUGCAACUGUUAGCAUAUACAGUCCUCGGUAUCUUGAUUAUGAGACUAAAACUCUUCCUGACACCACACAUGUGUGUUAUGGCUUCCUUGAUCUGUUCAAGACAGCUGUUUGGAUGGCUCUUUUGCAAAGUACAUCCUGGUGCUGUUGUUUUUGCUGUAUUAGCAGCAAUGUCAAUACAAGGUUCAGCAAAUCUGCAAACCCAGUGGAAUAUUGUAGGGGAGUUCAGCAAUUUGCCACAAGAAGAACUUAUAGAAUGGAUCAAAUACAGUACUAAACCAGACGCAGUGUUUGCAGGUGCCAUGCCCACAAUGGCAAGUGUGAAGCUCUCUGCGCUUCGGCCCAUUGUGAAUCAUCCGCAUUAUGAAGAUGCAGGGUUAAGAGCCAGAACGAAAAUAGUUUACUCAAUGUAUAGUCGAAAAGCAGCUGAAGAAGUGAAGCGGGAAUUGAUAAAGUUACAAGUGAAUUAUUACAUUCUAGAAGAGUCCUGGUGUAUAAGAAGAUCCAAGCCUGGGUGCAGUAUGCCUGAAAUUUGGGACGUGGAAGAUCCUGCAAAUGCUGGGAAACCUCCCUUAUGUAACCUCUUGGUGAAGGAUUCCAAGCCACACUUCACCACUGUAUUCCAGAACAGUGUUUACAAGGUCUUAGAAGUUACAGAAGAAUGACUGCUGCCUACAGACCUACAGAGAAGUACAUCAGUAAUGGUUUUAAUGUUUUGCUAAUAACUCAUGCCUUGUUUUUAAUUCAAAUCCCAAAAACUUUUAUAGGUAACUGUUUUCAAAUAGAAAACAUUUUGUUUGGUCAAUUCAAAUGUCGUUCUGAUUGUAAAAAUACUUAUACCUUAAUUGGUUACUAUUUCAAUGCAGCCCCUUAAAAUUUGCUAUGCAAAUGAGUAUAUGUUUGUACCUGACUUAAAUAUUUGUGCUAAAGUGAGUGAGCAAAACUACCUGUAAAAGAAAUAUGAUGGGUCAUGACAAGGAAGGCAUGAAAAUAUCGUGAGUUCUGACCGUUGUAGGGGCUGAUUUUAGUUCAUGGACUCUUGGUGCUCCUUGCUUCCUCUUCUGCCUCUUGUUCUUGUCAUUUGGACGUCUCCGUGACUGUCGUAAGCUCCUCAGUCAUGUUGGGCCCCUGUCAUCAACUUCCGUAAGAGCAGAUGGGGCAGACAUGGGUACUUGCUAUGUGGACUUACCUGUUUCACUUCUUCAUGUUCUUUUGUUUCUUGUUGCUCUUGUUAAUGAAGCAUUUCCUGCCCAUGACUACUCCAGAUUCUUGGCUCUAGUGAUCAGGACAAAAUUCCUGUAGUUACCAACCAUGUGGCGUCAGCGUGUCUUCUCACUCCCCUUUCUCCCUCUUUCUCUCCCAGCAUUCUUAGUCAAAUAAGUGUCAUUUACUCGUUUAGUUGCUUCGAAAGCACUUAUUCUUGGUUAAAAAAAAUUUAAUGGCAAUUGUGUAUUUUUCUCGUUUUUAGUAUUAUUCAGAUGUUUAUAUUUUAAUACCUUUAACCCACUGUAAAAAUUUUUCAUGUUUAAUUAUAGUUUUAAGAUCAACUAUUUUGAAUGACCCAAAUAUAAUGCAUCUACAAACUAAUGUGUAUAUGAGUAGACAUAAAUUACAGCGGAACAGUAGACUGUAGUAUGUGUAGUUUUUCUUUUACUAGUAAGAUACAAUAAAACAUGACUAAUUUUUCUGUCAAAAAAGUAAACGCAUAAUGAGAAGUAAAUGGAGUUUUUAUAUUUUACUUUUUAAAUUGCCUGUCUUUCGUAAGACAAAGCCUUAAGCCUUAUGUUAUAAUUUUGAUCCCCAAAACGAUAAUUUCAGUACGAGGAAUGAAUACAUUCAGCCUUCCUCUUUAUGUUUUUUUCCUUCUUAUUUAUUUUCAUUUUGAAAGAUUCCCAAACCUGCUCUGAAUUCCUAGUAUGAAUUUUUGUUUCUUAGAAGUUAAUUUGUGUGAAAUGAGAUUCUUCAAAACAGUGAAUCCUCAUGGUUCUGAGAAACGGUUUUAAGAUUUUAAAGUCUAAGCAAACCAUGACUCCGAUGGACUACACAUUUAAUUAUACAGUGUUCUCUUUAUUAACCACAGGCAGCUUAACCUCAUUGUGGACUGUCCUUGAGACCUGAGUCCUCAGGGAUGGUUUCCGGUGCCCACUCCUGGGAGCCACUGAAGAGCUCUUCCCUUUCCGCCUUCUCACCAGAGCCCAAGGACAAGCCUGGUCUGGGGGAAGCACUAGCUUGCUUAGAGCAGACAGCUGCAAGGACAGCGUGGGCUGGCGAGCGCGCAGCCCCCAGCCCGCCCCGCACGCAGCCCGCGUUUCCCGGGAGCCUCCUCUGGCCAGAGCUGCCAUCAGUGUCUUCGGGUGCCUGCCCCCUCCUCCUCGCUCGCUGGGUGACUUUUAUUUCUUGGGCUUCUGCCAGUUUCAGAAAAUAGGGAAGCAGCUGGGGAGUCGUGGAUUAGGAGUAGAAUUUGAGCAAUGAUGCAGCAAUCCAGAAAAAUGGCAAGAGGGCACUUGAGGCCGAGGUGGCUGAGAGUCGCCGUGGGCGGGAGGAGGGAGGCGCGCUCCGCUCCAUGUGAGACUGUUCACGGAAACGUGGCUGUCUCACACACGCAGCCGUUCCAGGUUUUCAAAAACUGUGCUUUUAAAGUCACUCUCUUUUCUCCCCACCCUCCAGUCAUUCCCUUCCUGAGGAGUUCACAUGUGAUGAUUGGAAAUUCUGUACAGGAAAAACACUAAAAUACCGUUUUGACUGUUUCAUAUGCUGGGAAAGGUUGAAAGUGGUCCAAUUAGGUUGUUCUUUUUUCUCCCCAUAAGAAUGCUUUUGUAAUGAUAUUUAUUAAUGUAACUCCACCAGCAAGCUAUGAUUAUAUUUUAGGCCAGUCAGUUAAGAACAGAGGCCUUGGGCUACACGGCACACUCAGCCUUGGUCACAUCUGGUAGCAGCCGGUGCUGUAGAUGAUCAGUAUCUUUUAUGGCAACAUAGAAUAGCAGUAGUUUCCAUACACAUGACAAAACAGUAUUAAAGCUCAGUAUUUUACUCAUUUUUAGCAUUUAAAAAUAUUUUUUUGCUUUAGUGUGAGGAAGGUAAGGAUGGCAAGGAGGUGGUAAAAAUAGCUCUUGCUGUCACAUAUGAAAAAACAAAGUGGGGGCAGUAUUUCUAUAAGCAGAAAAGCCUCUAAAAAACGCUUUGCAGGAAAAGUAUUGUAUUAAAAUAGGACAAUGAUAUUAAGGAGAACAUGAAACGCUGUAUCAGGAAUAAAGUGAUAUCACAUAGAAGUAUUGUAUUUUUAUGAAUUUUAUGCCAGUUGUUUUACAUGUACUAUGUAUGUUCAAUAAAAAAGAUCAUGAAAA